CAAUACUUAGUCCGUAAGCUUUUCCUUCCCUCCCCAACCCCAGCUUCAAUCAAAGCGACUGCCGGCGAUCUAGCUUCCGCUAGGGCCGCUACUCUUGUAAUCUCGUCAGAUUUCACGUUGUAUCUGUCCGAUCGAUCGACAAUCUAUUUACCUUCGUCGUAUAAAAUCACGGUUCUGUUAUCGGUUAUCUGUGGAUACAAAUUGUGUCAAUUUUAGCGAUGGACGGAAACAAAGACGAAGCCUUGAAAUGCUUAAAGAUCGGCCGUGAUGCCCUUGACUCUGGUGAUCGGAAGAAGGCACUUAAAUUUUUAACCAAAGCCCGUAGGCUCGAUCCGUCUGUCCCAAUCGACGAUCUAUUGUCAAAGAUCGACUACGAAUCUGCUGCAGAUGAUGAAAAUUCCAGCGGACCAACAACCAAAGACUCUUCUGAACCCUUAUCCAAUGAUUCCGGUCCUCGGAGACGUCCAUCAGCUGCUGGCUCGUCAUCAUCAUCAUCGCCGAAGGCAGGUGAGUCCGUGAAAUAUACUGAAGAGAAUAUAGCGAUUGUCAGAGAGAUAAAGAUGAAGAAGGAUUAUUACGAGAUCUUAGGGCUAGAUAAGAACUGUACAGUUGAAGAUAUCCGUAAGGCAUAUCGUAAGCUUUCUCUGAAAGUCCAUCCAGACAAAAAUAAAGCUCCAGGGUCUGAAGAUGCUUUCAAGUCAGUGUCAAAAGCAUUUCAAUGCUUAAACGACGAUGAAUCUAGGAAGAAGUACGAUGUUGUUGGAUCCGAUGAGCCAGUCUAUGAGAGACGACCCACAACAAGGCAUCAAGGAUACCACGAAGCUGAAUUUGAUGCUGAAGAAAUCUUUAGGAAUUUCUUCUUUGGAGGAAUGGGACCUGGAACCACAACUCAAUUCGGCACAUUUAGCUUUGGAACUGGAAUGGGUGGUGGUGGUGGUGGUGGUGUGAGAGCAGGCAAUAACAACAAUGGUUCAUCAGCCAGAAUGCUAAUUCAGCUGAUACCUGUUCUUAUAAUAUUGCUAUUGAAUUUUUUGCCAAAUAGUAAUGAGCCAAUUUAUCAACUAUAUAGACAAUACCCGUAUCAGAAUCGUUUCGCUACUGAAAAAGGCGUCAACUUUUUCGUGAAAUCUCCCAACUUUGAACAGGAAUACCCUCCAGAUGGCGAUGCACGUGUGGCGUUGGAAGCAAGGGUGGAGAGAGACUACGUUUACGUUCUUUCCCAUAAUUGUGAGAAUGAGAUGCAACGCUACCAUUGGGGAUUCGUGCAAGAAACCCCCAGUUGUGACUCGUUGAAGCAGUUCAGAAUGCUGGCUGCCUCGUGAUUUUGAUUAAAGGAACAGCAGCUGAAUGCUAAAUGACAGUGGUAGGCUGCAUUGGUUGUUCUUUGAGGCCCUUUUAACAUACAUUUGUUUUUGUGAAGGAGUUUGAGACGAUAAUGCGAAUAAGUAGAAUAAGCAACAGCCUUUUGUGAAAUUGAAAUCUUGAACUUGUUAUAUGAGUUGGUAUAUAGAUAUAAUCGGUAUUCUUUCUA